AUGGUCACAGAUCCUGAAAACUCCAUAAAUGAUAGUCCCUUAGAUAAGUCAAAGCCGUAUAGAGAAGCCAUUGGCAGUCUGCUUUACCUUACCACCAUAUCACGUCCAUAUAUAUGCUUCUCAGUUAAUUACCUGAGUCGUUUCAACAACAAACCAAUGAAAAGUCACUGGAAAAUAAUUAGACGUGUCCUUCAAUAUGUCAAAGGGACAACGAAGUUUGGAAUAUGCUUCAAUGGAGAUAAAAGUCUGUCUGUAUCCAGUGACUUUGAUUAUGGUGGAGAUUCAGAAACUGGACAUUCUACUAGUGGAGUUCUUCCACUGCGUGGGGGCCCUAUAGUUUGGCUCACUCAAAAACAUUGCACUGUAUCAAACUCAACCGCUGAAGCUGAGAAUCGAGCAGCAGUAUUAGCCAAAGAUAAAGUCUGCUGGAUACGAAGACUAGCUGAAGAAUUAAAUCAAUUACGUACGAGCCAGUCUACAUCACACUACAUUGACAAUCAGUCUGCUAUUCACAUGCUGAAAAACACUCACGAAGGAAAAAUCACAAAAGGGGAGAAACACAUUGAGAUAUCUAGAAAGUUUAUCCAGCAGCAAAUUAAAACUACAGUAGCACCAGUUUACGUCAGAAGGAAGGAUCAACUCGCAGAUAUCCUGACUAAGCCUCUACUCCGUAAGCACUUUAAAUGUUUGAGGAGUAAAAUAAUUAAGGAGGAGUGUUUGGAGUAA